CUGAAGAUGGCGGUCAAACUGACCACGAGUCGAGGGCUAAAUCGCCGAUUCUCGAGGCCCUCCGAUCCAAGGACCGAUUCGACGCCCUCGUGAGGGAGCGCGACUCUCUCCGCGUUGAAGUGACGGAUAUGCGCAAGUCCCUGGAGGAAAUUCAAUCCAAACACCAGACUGAUAUGGAGGCUCUACAACAGAAGCUGGAUGAUGCAGAGAGGAAGAAAGAGCAUGCGGAAUCCCAGUUUCGGGGGCUGUUGGAACGGGUCAAUACCAUUAAAGCGCAGCUGGGUGAGCGACUAAAGGAAGAUGCUGAGGAGAUUGCCCAAGCAAGGUCCCGGAUUGAAGAGCUCGAGGAGCAGAAUUCUAGCAUGAAACAAACCUAUGAGUCUAAAUGCUCCGAGCUGACGGACACAAAUCGCAAGAUGUCCAAGGAACUCUCCGAACUGCGGGACCGAACAAACCUGUCACAGCAAAACUGGCUAAGAGAAAAAGACGAACUCAUGAAACAGGAGUCCUAUCUCCAGUCCGAGUUUGAGCAAGCAAAGGAAGCUAUGCAUAACUGGGAAGUUCUUGCCAUGGAAGAGCGAUCCAUUCGAGAGAAUCUUGGAGAGAAAGUGAUUGAUCUGGAGGAACAAUUGGCGAAUGUGAGGGAUGCCUACGAAAAAACCGCUGUGGAGCGUGACUCCCAAGCCGCGACUGUGGAAGGGCUGCAGCGGGCCCUGCAAGAAAUUCAAGCCGGAGCUUCGUGAACUGGUCGAGAGCUCUGAUGCACAGCUUGAAGAGCUCAAGCAGGCCCUCAGUGCCGCAAAAAAGAACGCAUCAGAAGCGGACAACUCUCUACAAGAACU